AUGUCACACGCAAUGGCAACCUCUGAAUCUUACGGCAGUGCAGCAGAGCCUGUCGAAUACUAUCGUCCUGAGAACGAAGGGGACGGGAUUGCGGAACUACAUCGUACUAUAACUCAAUCAAGCGAGCAGCAAGGCCCACAGGGUAAUGUGCUCACUCGUCUUUCCACUCUUUCUCGCACACUGUCACGUUUGACACAUGACCAAAUGGACAAGUUGGUUAUUGACCCAAAUGACUUCGACCUCAAGAGAAUUUUGGAGUAUAUGGAGAGCAGAUCCAACGAACAAGGAAUUGGUGGUCGUACAACCGACCUCAUUUUCGAGGAUCUCGAGCUCACGGGUAAGAACACUGCUGCAACGAUUAUCACGACUGCAGGAGAUGUGUUCCUGGGACCUGUCUUGAAAAUUGCCGACAGGCUUUCUCACAAGCCUAAAGUGGACUUUGGAAACAUGGAAAAAACAAGAAAGAUUCUUCGUAACAUGAACGGAUACUGCGAGGCAGGAACCAUGACCCUUGCCCUCGGUAGACCAGGAAGUGGUUGUUCUUCGUUCUUGAAGUCUCUAUCCGGUGAGACCCAAACAUACAUCGGACUGGAUGGAGAAAUUAACUACAAUGGUAUUCCUCAAAAGGAAAUGAUGAAAUCGUUCAAAAAUCAAGUUAUCUACAACCCGGAACUGGAUGUGCAUUAUCCCUACUUGACAGUCGAGCAAACCAUGAACUUCGCCAUCGGCUGUAAAACUCCAAAAGUCAGAAUCGACAAUCUUUCGAGAUCCGAAUAUAUCAGAACCAUCAAAGAUCUUUACCUGACCUUGUAUGGUCUGAAACACGUUGAGAAAACUCUUGUCGGUAACGAUUUUGUGAGAGGUAUUUCUGGUGGUCAGAGAAAGCGUGUUUCCAUUGCUGAGGCAAUGUCUACUCGUGCUUCUGUUUACUGUUUCGAUAAUGCUACCAGAGGUUUGGACGCUUCGACAGCAUUGGAAUUUGUUGAAUCUUUGCGUACUAUGACCAACAUCACCAAGUCCACCUCCAUUGUUACCAUCUACCAAGCCUCUGAGAAUAUCUACCAACUGUUCGACAAUGUUACUGUGCUCUACUAUGGUAGACAGAUCUAUUUUGGCCCUGCAACAGAGGGUGUUGCAUACUUCCAAAAGUUGGGAUUCCAGAAAGGUGCUAGAGAAACUAGUGCAGAGUUCUUGACCUCUGUGACCGAUCCGCUCGCAAGAGUUGUGGCUCCUGGCUUUGAAAAUUCUGCUCCAAAGACCGCAGAGGAAUUUGAGGCCCGGUGGCUUUCCUCCCCUGAGUUCAAGGCUUUGAAGGCCAAGAUCGCCGAAAAGAAGGCCUCUUACAAUCCUUCUGCCACUUUCGAUAACUUCCGGGCUGUCCAAUUGCGUGAGAAACAAUCUCUCACCAGACCAUCUUCCAGAUAUGUGGUGAACUACAUCGAGCAACUCAAACUUUGUACAGUCAGAGGUUUCCAAAAUAUUGCAAACAACACGGCAUACACAGCCACGCUGUUAGUUGCUGCUGUUGUUCAAGCUUUGAUUGUCGGUUCGUUGUACUACAACAUUCCACAGUCCACUGUCGGUUCUUUCUCAAGAGGAGGUGUGAUUUUCUUCGCCUUCCUCUACUUCUGUAUCAUGAGUUUGGCUGAAAUCGCCGCUUUCUUCGAAAACAAGCCAAUUACCAACAAACAACGAGGUUACUCGUUCUUCCAUCCAUCUGCAGAUCUGGUCGCAAGUUAUUUGACCCAAACACCAGUUCGGGCUGUCGCAAUUCUUGUGUUCUCCAUCAUCUUGUACUUCUUGUCAGAUAUGAAAAGAGAAGCAGGUCCGUUCUUCGCUUUCAUUUUGUUCGUUAACGUUGCCGUUUUGGCCGUGAACUGUUUGUUCAUCUUGGUUGCAUCGCUGUCUCCAACAUUGUCGGCUGCCAAUGGAUUUGUGGGUAUCAUUAUGAUGUCGACAAUUCUUUACAGUUCGUAUAUGAUCCAGCGUCCUUCGAUGUACUGGUGGUUCAAAUGGUUCUCGUACAUGAAUCCUAUCCUUUAUGGUUUCGAGGCUCUGAUUACUUUGGAGUUCAGAGGCCGUAAGAUGCCAUGUACACCAUCCCAGCUUAUUCCAAGAGGUACCGGUUACGAGAACAUUACUCCAGAAAACCAGAUUUGUGGCUUCACUGGUGCAAGUGCUUCCAGAGAAAUCUAUGGUAUGACCAACGAUGUCUCUGGUGAAAUAUACUUGGAUCUUGCCUUCCAGUACACUUUCUCGCACUGCUGGAGAAACUUUGGUAUUCUGAUUGGUUUCGUUUUGGGUUUCUUGUUCAUUAAUAUUGCGAUUGUCGAGCUUUACAACCCAUUGGUUGCAAGCUCUGAUCAAUUGCUAUUCAUCAAGGGUGCUAAGCUUCCUGAUUCUCUCUUGGAAGCUACUGGUCAGGCCCCUGCCAAAAACGAUGAGGAAAGCAGCGGCGAGUCCCGGUCUGACGAAAAGAGUGAAGUUGCUGAUGCUCAGCACUCCACUGCAGAUUCCACUGUUGAAAAACUUGGGUCGAGUGAUAUUUUCAUGUGGCAACACGUUGAUUACGUUGUUCCAUAUGAAGGAGAGGCUAGAAAAUUGUUGGACGAUGUGCAAGGUUACGUUUUGCCAGGUACAUUGACUGCUUUGAUGGGUGAGUCUGGUGCCGGUAAGACCACUUUGCUGAACGUUUUGUCCAGAAGAACUGACGUUGGUGUGGUUUCUGGAGAUAUGCUCAUUAACGGAAAGCCAAUUGAUAGCUCUUUCGAAAGAAGAACCGGUUACGUUCAGCAACAAGACUUGCACAUUGCAGAGUUGACUGUUCGUGAAUCCUUGAUUUUUGCUGCCAGACUCAGAAGACCACACAGUGUUCCAGAUGAGGAGAAGAUUGCCUACGUUGAUAAAAUUCUUUCCAUCUUGAACAUGGAUGAGUAUGCAGACUCCAUUGCCGGUGAGGUUGGUUACGGUUUGAACGUUGAACAACGUAAGAAAUUGUCAAUUGCCACUGAACUUGUUGCCAAGCCAUCUCUUUUGUUGUUCCUUGACGAGCCAACCUCUGGUUUGGACUCUCAAUCUUCUUGGGCUAUCGUCCAGGUGCUCAGAUCCCUUGCUGCUGCAGGUCAGGCUAUUCUAUGUACCAUUCAUCAGCCUUCUGCCACUUUGUUUGAACAAUUUGACCGACUGCUUUUGCUGAAGAGAGGUGGUCAGACCGUUUAUUUCGGAGACAUUGGACCAAGUUCUCGUAUCAUGCUUGACUACUUUGAGUCUAAUGGAGGAAGAAAGUGUGACGACAGCGAGAACCCUGCUGAGUACAUUUUGGAGGUCAUUGGUGCUGGUGCUACUGCUACUGUCCAAGAGGAUUGGUUCGAGAUCUGGAAGAACAGUCCUCUCUACGCCAAGACCACUGCUGAAGUUGCCAAGUUGAUUGACGACACAAGCAAGUUGGAGUCUUCUGAUCAGUCUCACUUACAAUCUCGUUACGCCGUCCCAUACGCUGUGCAGUUCAGAAACGUUUUGAGAAGAACCUGGUUCCAAUUCUAUAGGGACCUGGACUACGUGAUGGCCAAGUUCAUGCUCAUGUUGCUGGCUGGUUUGCUGGUUGGUUUCUCUUUCUGGAACGUCAAGCACACCAACGUUGGUAUGCAAAACGUCAUGUUUGCCUGUUUCAUGGCCCUUGUGGUUAGUGCACCAUUGACAAACCAGAUCCAAGAAAGAGCUAUCAAAUCGAGAGAGCUCUUCGAGAUCAGAGAGUCCAAGUCCAACACUUUCCACUGGUCCUGUUUGCUGCUUUCCCAAGUGCUUGUUGAGAUUCCAUACUCGAUCGCAUUUGGUACCGUUUACUUCAUCUGCUGGUACUUCCCUAUUCAGCUCGACAACGAGCCAUCGCGUGCCGGAUUGUGGUGGUUCACCCAGUCGAUUUUCUUCCAAAUUUACUAUGUUACCCUUGGUCUUGGUGUUGUGUACGCCUCACCGGACCUUCCAUCUGCCAAUGUUUUGAUUGGUUUGGUGUUCAACUUUGUGAUCUCGUUCUGUGGUGUGGUGCAAAGCCCAAGCCUGAUGCCUGGUUUCUGGCACUUUAUGUGGAGACUCUCUCCAUUCACCUAUAUCGUGGAGAACUUGGUUGGUAUUUUGCUGCACGAUAGAGAAGUCCACUGUUCUGCUCAGGAGCUCAACUACUUGAACCCUCCACAAGGAGAGACCUGUGGUAGCUACCUUGCCGAGUACUUUGAAAACUACUCUGGAUACGUGCAGAACCCUGACGCUACAUCCAACUGUGGUGUCUGCUUGUACAGAGUCGGAGACGAGUGGCUGAAGACAGUUGGAAUGAGUUACAGCCACAGAUGGAGAAAUAUUGGUUUCUUCUGCGUUUAUAUCAUCACCAACACUGUUGUCUUUCACAAGCGCUGGCAUCUGGGUUCUACCCUUGAUACCACCAAAGGCGCAGCCUCUCCAGACUCUACCGGUGACCAAUUGGAAUGGUCUGGUAGAGAUUUCCUUGCCGGCAGCAGCAACACCGAUGAUGAUGGACUCUCCCCAUCCCUUGUGGCAAGAUUCCAAAGCGUUUCUCAUCACCUGGACAUUUCCGGUACAGUCGAAGGUCUUGGCUGGGUUGACAAAGUCGGUUGCUCCGAACUGGAAGGCCCAGUCUUUCUUAUCCUCGUUAAUGUCAAUGACAAUGAUCUUUCCAGCCUUCUUUUGCACAGCACCCUGGAUCACCGACAGACCAAUGCAUCCAGCACCGAACACACCGACGUUGUCGCCUGGCGAUAUCUUGGCGGUGUUGAUAGCAGCACCGUAUCCGGUGGUGAUACCACAGCCCAAAAGACAGGUUCUGUCCAUUGGAGCAGAUGGGUCAACAGCAACCACCGAGAUGUCUGCCACCACAGUGUACUGAGAGAACGUGGAGCAGCCCAUGUAGUGGAGCAAUGGUUGGCCCUUGCAAGUGAAUCUCGAAGUACCGUCUGGCAUCACACCCUUACCCUGGGUUGCUCUGAUCUUUCCACACAAAUUGGUUUUUCCAGACUUGCAGAACUUGCACUCUUUACACUCUGGGGUGUAAAGACAGAUGACAUGGUCGCCAACCUUGACGCUGGAGACACCUUCACCAACGGACUCGACAAUUCCGGCACCCUCGUGGCCAAAAACAACAGGGAACUCACCUUCAGGAUCGGAUCCAGAAAGAGUGUAGGCAUCGGUGUGGCAAACACCAGUGUACACGAUUUUGACUCUCACCUCGUGGGCCUUAGGCGGAGCAACCUCAAUGGUCUCGAUAGAGAGAUCCUUACCGGCUCCCCAGGCAACAGCAGCUUUACAAGUGAUGGUUUUUCCAGCAGUAGACAUUUUUUCAGAUGA